AUGGGGGCGCUGCGGGCCGCGGGGGUCUCGGUGCACGAGGUCGGCACGAGGCUGCUUCAGCUCGGGGCCUACGGACAGGAUGUGAGCGAGCUGCAGCGGCUGCUCCAGGACUCGGGGCACCUCGUGGCGGAGUCGUACAAUGCGGGGUACUUCGGCGAGCGCACGCAGGCGGCGGUGGAGGAGUGGCAAGCGGCGAACGAUGUCCCGGUGACCGGGUCGUUCGGGGAGCUCAGCCGGCUCGCGUACCUGCACAGUGCGGGGGCCUUUCGCGCCGAGAGCGCUGCUGCGACGCAGGACCGCGCGCAGGCGUCGCGCGCGGCCGGCGCCGCGGUGCCCCUCCCGGCCGUCGCCGCCGCAGCGCUCCCAUCCCAUGCGGUCACUGCCGGGGUCGCGGCGCUGCUGGCCGCGCCCCUGGUGUGGCUCGCCGCGCGCGCCCAGCAGCGCGACAAGAUCCUGCGGCUGCAGCGGCGCAUGGGGCGCCGUGCGAGCAUCCGCCGGUGGCAGGCCGCGGGACGGCACGCCAAGGCGUACACCGACGCUGACGUGGGGGGGGUGUCGGCGGAGAGCGGCGCGGAGGUGGACGUGGACAUCGAGGACGAGGCGGAGGACGAUGAGGAGGUCCUGCCGGGCCACAAGCUGACGUACCUGGUCCAGGAUGGGCCCUGGUGGCGCGAGGCCAUCCACGGCGGGGAGCCGCGCGAGGACCCGGCGGCGGACAGGCCGUUCCUGCCGCAGCAGUUCUCUGGAAACGCGAUGCGCAUGGCGGGCGCGGGGGCUGGUGCGCGGAACGGCGCGGGGGGUGUGGGCGCUGAUGCAGGGGGGGAGUUCCGGGCGCCGGACCCGGCCGGGGCGGGCGCGAUCGACCGGACGAUGUCGAUCGCGGAGGCGAUGCGGCACCACGCGGGGAAGCGUCAGCAGUGA